AUGGCUACAACUGCUGAUCCAGAAGACGAUUUUCAUUUUGUUAGUACGACACCGAAUAUCAACAUCAAUAACCAUCAUCCGCUGCUUGAAGAAAUCAUUCACGAAACAUUGCUGAAGAAAGAUUUCCUUGGUCAGGAACCAGUUUUUACCAAUAAGAUAGGAAUGAGAAUUGGCGCUACUUCUCCUAAUCAGUCGCAAAAACCUCAGGAUCCUUCGGUUCAUCAGAUAGUCACCAAUGACACUCCAUUUUUUUCUGCCAUAACCACUACUACAAUGGCCUCAACCUCUCCGAUGACAACACUGGGCUCGGUUGCAUCUUUGGCCACAGAUGCUGCACCCUCGGCUGACAAUACCGGUGUAACACAAGGAGGGAAAACUCCUCCAAUGAUGCAAAUGGCUGCCACCACAGACUCUCUCACAACAUCUGCUGUGAGCUCAGCUGCAUCGGAGAUUCCUGAAACUGCAUUCCCAAAUAGUAAUACUGCGUUUGUGCAAACUGAGCCCGGCCGCACCUCAACUGCAGCAGGAGUGCCUGAGAGCAAAUCUGGUGUGGUUCAACAUUUCAGCGACCAAGGAGUGGCGACUGCGAUGACAAGCAACCUUCCAGUGGACAAAGCCACAACGGCUGGAGCAGGCACACAUCAAGUGCGAGGACAGAAUGCUGAGCAACAUCGCAAUCCUGCUGCAGACCCAACCAUCUCCUCAGUUGCUAGUGAGACUGAUGAGGAAACUACAACUACAACCAUCAUUACUACAACGAUCAUUACAACUGUGCAGACACCAGUUCCUUGCAGUUUAAAUUUCACAGACUUUGAGGGUUACAUUGAGUCUCCAGAAUACCCCAGUCACCUGUACUACAGCAACUUGGAUUGCACCUAUACCAUUACAGUCUACAGAGGAUAUGGAGUGGAACUUCAGGUCAAAAACAUCAGCCUGUCUGAAGGAGAGGUGCUCACAAUUGAAGGACUUGAUGGAGAUGAACUGACUGUUCUCGCCAACGAGUCGAUUUUAAUGAAGGGGCAGGUGAUUCGCAGCCCAAGCAAUCAAGUUGCUAUCCACUUCCAGAGCAUUCAACUUGGAAAUCCAGGCUCAUUCCAAUUCCAUUAUCAAGCUUAUUUACUUAGCUGUGGAUUUCCACAGAAGCCUUCCUCUGGCGAUGUGUCUGUCACCAGCCUCCAUCCCGGUGGAGUGGCGCAUUUCUACUGCAACACAGGUUACCGUCUGCAAGGUUUCUCUUCCCUCACCUGCGUCAAUGGCAGCAAACCUCGCUGGAGUGAUAAUGAGCCAGAAUGCAUUGCUACCUGUGGGGGAUUAAUUCGAAAUGCAACUGUAGGCCGCAUCACGUCGCCCAACUUUCCGGGUAACUAUAGCAACAACCUGACCUGUUACUGGUUGAUUGAAGCUCCAGAAGGACAGAAGUUACAUUUGCACUUUGAGAAAGUUGCAUUGGCUGAAGACGAUGACAGGCUCAUAAUUCGAAAUGGGAACAGUAUUGACGCUCCUUCAGUUUAUGACUCCUAUGAAGUGGAGUAUCUGCCCAUCGAAGGCAUCGUCAGCGAUUCACAGCAUUUCUUCAUUGAAUUGACUACUGACAGUUCUGGUAUAUCUACUGGAGUAGCUUUAAGAUACGAAGCCUUUGAACAGGGUCAUUGCUAUGAGCCAUUCAUUAAGUAUGGAAAUUUCACAACUGGUGAUGCAUCAUAUCAAGUGGGAACUGUGGCUGAGUUUUCAUGUGAUCCGGGGUACACCCUGGAACAAGGGUCCAUGAUUAUAGAGUGUGUCGACAUCCGGGACCCCCAGUGGAAUGAGACUGAGCCAGCCUGCAGAGCUGUCUGCAGUGGGGAGAUUACAGACUCUGCCGGAGUUGUGCUGUCUCCCAAUUGGCCUGAAGCCUAUGACAAGGGUCAGGACUGCAUUUGGGGAAUACACGUGGAGGAAGACAAACGAAUCAUGCUGGACCUCCAGGUGUUAAACAUGGGACAGAAUGACGUUCUUACCUUUUACGAUGGUGAUGAUCUAACAGCAAGAAUAUUGGGCCAGUACACAGGCACUCAUCAUCCGUUCAAACUGUAUACAACCAUGGCUGAUGUCACCAUUCAGUUCCAAUCUGAUCCGGCAACCAAUGUGUUUGGAUAUCAGCAGGGAUUUGUCAUUCAUUUCUAUGAGGUUUUGAGAAACGAUACUUGCCCGGAAGUGCCGGAAAUUCCAAACGGUUGGAAGACAACUUCCCAUCCUGAACUAGUCCACGGAACUGUGGUGACGUACCAGUGCUAUCCAGGAUUUGAGCUGAUUGGGACAGAUAUCCUCAUGUGUCAGUGGGAUUUGUCAUGGAGUGGAGAUCCCCCAAUGUGUGAGAAGAUCAUAUUCUGCACCGAUCCCGGUAACGUCGAUCACAGCCGCAGGAUUAUCACUGAUCCCAAGUUUUCAAUUGGCUCCACAGUGCAGUAUAUUUGUAACAAAGGCUACACUCUGGCCGGGAGCAAUAUACUGACUUGUUACAACAGGCAGUCUGGGAAUCCUAAGUGGAGUGACAGGGUUCCUAAGUGUAUCCUGGAGGUGUUUGAGCCUUGUCACAACCCUGGGGUGCCUGACAAUGGUUACCAAACCACCGAGAAGAGGUUGUAUCAAGCAGGGGAAGCUUUGCGGUUUGCCUGUUAUGACGGUUAUGAGCUCAAAGGGGAAGCCAACAUCAAAUGCAUUCCAGGACACCCCUCAGAGUGGAGCAACCCACCACCAUUCUGCAAAGUUACUUAUGAUAAAUACUUCAAUGAACGUAGACUGGAAGUGGCCAAACCUGCAAACUCUCUGAGCCGGAUGCAAGGAAGUCAUAUUGCCAUUGCAGUGUUCAUCCCAGUGAUCAUUGUAGCUCUCCUCAUCGCUGCGAUCUAUUUCUACUUUACAAAGUUCCAGGGAAAGUCCACAUUAAGGCUGCCACUGGCUGGCCCUCAUCCCUACAACCACAUCACCGUGGAAUCAGCAUUCGACAAUCCCAUAUAUGAGACAGGAGUAAGUAAUGAGCCCCUCCAGCUGAGGGAUUUGGAUCCUGAAAAUGCGCCUGUCCUUACCUGAACAGCUUCCAUCACAUCACAGUUGUCCUCUUACAAGCUGCUUGCCAUAGGCAUGAAACCUGUUGAAGCCAUCCGUCAGUCAUCUCACAAAGUCCUUGCAUUAUAUAUUUAAAAACCAUUACCAUUCGUAUUUAUUUUCAAUAUAGCUUUUGUUCCAGAUUC